GAGGGUGCGGUGGGCGCCCGAGGAGACAAAAGGAGGAGAGCCGCGGUCUGCGGGGCUUCGCACACGUGAAAUUUUCUGCAGUACUCUCGUUUUCUGCUCAGGGCCAUUAAACUUUGCGUGUAGUUUAUUCAGGCGGUCGCGGGAAGUGCUGGGAAGGGCAGGUGGCACAGACCCCGCCAGCUGCUGGGUUACCCCAUGCCCCCCUGACUGGCCUAGAAAUCGUCUCCCUCCUCAAAAAUAAUUGAUAGAAUAGCCUUCUUUUUUAAAGAAAUAUGAGGCCUCACCGUAGUUUGUUCUGCAAUUCUUUUGAGUGGUAGCAUGAACAAGUUCUACUACAUCAUGAGGAAAACUGGGUUUUUAGCGUAUCCUUCCACAUACAUAUGUGCAGCACCCAUCUGCUUGUGUUCUCAAGUUAUUCACACUCAUAGAAACCCAUUCUCAGAUUGAAGAAAGGGUAACUUUAAUUCUGCCUUGUUGAUCAUUAAGUUCGAGUGCAGAUUUCCAGGCAUUCUUUUAAUUUUUCUGACCUACUUUUUAAAAAACCCAUUAGCAAGAUCAAAAUGGCUCAGCUUAGCACUUGAGCCUGAUUUUUUUCAUCAGAAGUUUAUAAGGGGAAAAUGUGAUUUUACAUCUGUUCUUAAAUUUUUACAGCUCACGUGGUUCCCUGACAGUAUCUUUGCACAUCAUGGGCUGCAGGCAGGUACCUGUGAUGCUGCAGCUCCUCAGUGUCAUCAUUUGGGUUCCCUCAAGUUCCAGAUAUGCUCAGAGGCCUGUGUUGUAGCUGGAAUUUUUGUGUGGCUCUACACUUGGGCAAAAAAAUCACCCAUCUAAUUAUACAAGCCAAAAAAUGAUUUAUGCUCUUUUACUGCCAUCAGAAUUAGGCUUUGUACCUGGUCUAAUUUCCUCUGUGUGGCUUUUCUUCUGAUUAUUGACCGCUAAUGAUUACUCGCUGUUUUAUGGAAAAAAAUACCUGGAAGCUUUGAUUAUCCCUGCAAGACAAGAACAGAAUUAGGAGCAGUGGGAUGAGUUGACUAUAUGAAGUAUUUUUCUGUUAUAAAUGUUUGAAAAGGAAAAAAAAAAUUCAGACGUGGCCCAUAGCAACGGCAGAUGAGGGCAAAAACAAUUCUGAAGCCUGUCUUCAGUGCCAUCAUGUGAGUGGCACAUCGUGACUCUGUUUACCAGCUGGAGCGGGUGGCAUGGUGUCGUUUAUUUCACAAACUCCUGGGAUGUGCAGCUGAGAUCAGGGAGGAGGAGUUUUUAAAGCGCAUGGGUGAGGAGGGUGUAAAUCAGAAUUGUAAAGCAGGUGCCGGUUGUUUGUUUGGGAGCGAGGGGUGCCGAUGGAUCAGGAGUGCUGUGAUGUGCAGAACACGGAAAGUCCUUGCUGCAGAGACGGGAACUGCGCUAAUGCAGAUCGCUGAGGCUGCUGUGAGAGGCACCUGUGAGGGCUCUUCACGCUUCCUCCCCAUCACCUUGAGGAACGCUGAUGAUUUCUCCGCCCCUUUGUUGCUAUUCUCAUCUGACACGGAGCUGCUGCUCCUGUAAUGUCACUUGUCCCCAGUCUGCUGUUUGCCAAGGAUGCGACACAGCAGCGUCCUGGAGGGUGAAUGCCUUUGGUGGUGUGGCUGCACUGCGCCCCUGAACCAUUGACCAAGGCCGUUAUUUGUUAAUUCAGCAGUAUUUAGGAUUAAAGUCUUGUCAGGACACAAACUAUCUAAAAAUAGCUGGGCAUACCCCUCUCGAAAUAGUGCAAAGCAUCCAAAAAAAGUGUUGGUUAAAAGGCAAACCAAACCAUUUUUGACAUCAACUUAGGCCACUUGUUUUGCAGUGUUGUGCCUGGACUCCCCUAAAUACCUGUUGCUUUUGAGGAAAUUUCCUGAAUUGCUGUUUGUGCUCAGCAUUGGACUUUUAUAUAAAUUUUUUUUUGUUCUGAGAAAAAAAAGACAAAAAAACCCAAAAAAAGAGCUUUUUUGUUCUGUUAUUUGAGCUUAGUCUCCAAAAGCUGCAGCCAAGAAAGGCUCAGCUUGUGCCACGGAUGGGGAAUGUUUGUCCCUUGGAGCAAUAUUAGGGAGGGAUCCUGCUGCUGACAGGUGGAGUUGGGAAGGGCAGUGUUUGAAGAGUCCUGAUCCUGAGUAGUGGCUGUGCUCCCACAUUUCUGGCUUGGCUUUUGUUGCUGUAGUAGCAAAUGCUUUAUCUAUUUUCAAACAGGGCUCUACGAGUUUAGUGUGUCAUGUUUCCUCUCCCUCUCACAGAUUCAGGCUCUUAGUCCUUCCUGUCCUCUGCUUGGCCAAUACACUUGCUGUUUUGCAGCCUCACCUCUCUCAGACUUGGGUCAUGAUCUUUGGGUUGCUUUGCCUCUCUUCUGGGACAUUGGGAAAAUUGCUUAUUUGAAGAGGAGACCCUUUUUUGGAUAGAAAAGGGAAAAACCUAGAAAAACUUGUACGUCGUGCUUGUGUUGUGGGCUUAGCCAUACUUAAUCAGACUUUUUGCCAACCAUAAUUUAAUUGUUGAGGGCAAAUAGCGUUCAUGCAAGUUUUUAAUACAGACUGACACUAAUGAAGUGAAUAUAGAUUAACCUUAUUUAACUGUGAAAUCAAAUUGGUCAGUUACCAUUUCAUGGAAGGCCAGUGACAGAGGCAGGAUUUUAUUUCCCCAGAUUUUCUGGUGCUCAGUACCGCAUUAUACCUUUAGCUCUGGAAAAGAUACAGUUCAAUAAAAUGUUGCACUGGGCCUCCUUCCUGCUGUGGUUGCUGCUGACCUGAAUUGUCCUCUGGUCCUGCAUGUUCUGAGGCUCCACAGGAGCUUUUUAGUGGGGAUGGCUGGAACUUUGUCAGUGAUGGGGAACAGCAGGAGACAGCAUUUCCUCACAGAGAAGUGUCUAAGAACCCACAGACACUGAGGUUUCCUUGGUAGUGAUGUCUGCAACACGUGUAAUAAUACAGCAGUCUCUGAGGCUUUAUAGCAACUUUAAUUUCUUUAAUUUUCCAUUGAUACUCCUGCAGGGACAUUAAUGUGUUUGGGUGGACUCUGGGUCAGUCAGCAUCAUUACUUCACAAAGGGAUGUUUGUAUGAGACAGAAAGUAAAAGUCAAUUCAGAACUAACUUUGUCUUUUGUAUUUUGGCAGGUCUAAGAAAAUGGCUGAAGAUGGCACCGAGGAGAUUGUGUUUAUUUGGUGCGAGGACUGUGGGCAGUACCAUGAUUCAGAGUGUCCUGAGCUGGGCCCAGUGGUGACAGUCAAAGACUCCUUUGUAUUGAGCAGGGCAAGAUCAUCUCUGCCUUCUAAUUUGGAGAUAAGACAACUGGAGGAUGGGACUGAGGGUGUGUUUGCUCUGACUCAGCUGGUGAAACGUACCCAGUUUGGCCCCUUUGAAUCCAAGAGAGUUCUCAAGCUGGAGAAAGAAUCAAUUUUUCCCCUGAAGGUGUUCCAGAAGGAAGGGCCCCUGGUGUAUUUUGACACCACAAACGAAGAUGACUGCAAUUGGAUGAUGAUGGUGCGCCCAGCCACCGAGUAUGAGCAUCAAAACUUAACUGCCUUCCAGCAUGACAAUGACAUUUACUUCACCACCUGCCAGGACAUCCCCCCAGGAACUGAGCUGCGAGUGUGGUAUGCAGCUUUUUACGCCAAAAAAAUGGAAAAGCCAGUGCUGAAGCAGGUCACUAGUGUUGCCAAUGAUACGUCCUUGGUAGCGAUGGAAUCUGAUAAAGAAGGGGAUAAUAACCUCUCUCCAAAACCUUCAUCUGCUGUCUUGCCCCAUAAAAAAACCAAGAGAUCCAGCAUACUAGCAGCUGAUCCAGCAGUGAACACUCCAGAAGGCAGUGGAACAGCAGAAGCAAAGCCCAACCAGUGGACGUGUAAAGUGUGUUCAUCUGCUUUCCAAGAGCCCCAGCUGCUGACAGAGCACUUGCUGAGUCACCUGGAGCAAGCCAAAUGUGCCCCUCCAAGCAGCCAAAAUGAUGCUGAGAAAGCAGAGAAAGCAGCAGAGGCUGUGCCAGCAGAUCAAGCAGUGGCAAGUGAUGCAGCCAGUGCCAGCACAGACUCGAGGAGAAAGGCCAGGAGGGGAAGAAAAGCUAAAACAGCAAAAGUAGAAACACCUCUUAUCAUUGAUGAAGAGAAAGAUUCUGCAGUGGAACGUGUGGCUGAUGCUGUCACCGAGGUCCCUCCAGAAGAUGUGGCCCUGCCUCCAGCUCCAGAUGAGAGGAUUAUGGAUCUGGUUCUAGGAAAGAUGCCCAGCACCACAAACAGCAUCAGCUCAGUGACAAAUAGGUUUGCUCAUCACCAAAACACCAUGUCCCUCAAAAGAAGUUUAAUUCUCUCCAGUAGACACGGGAUUCGGCGGAAGCUGAUAAAGCAGCUGGGGGAGCACAAGAGGGUCUAUCAGUGCAGCAUCUGCAGUAAGAUCUUCCAGAACAGCAGCAACCUCAGCAGGCACAUCCGUUCUCAUGGUGACAAACUGUUUAAAUGUGAGGAAUGUGCAAAGCUGUUCAGCAGGAAGGAGAGCUUGAAGCAGCACGUUUCAUACAAGCACAGCAGGAACGAAGUGGACAGUGAGUACAGAUACAAGUGCACCACGUGUGAAAAGGCCUUUCGGAUAGAGAGUGCAUUGGAAUUCCACAACUGCAGGACAGAUGACAAGACAUUCCAGUGUGAGAUGUGUUUCAGAUUCUUCUCUACAAACAGCAACCUUUCAAAACACAAGAAAAAGCAUGGGGAUAAGAAGUUUGCAUGUGAGAUCUGCAAUAAGAUGUUCUACAGGAAGGAUGUCAUGCUGGACCAUCAAAGGCGGCACUUGGAAGGGGUGAGGCGUGUGAAGAGGGAAGACUUUGAGCACAGCACGGAGAACAUGGUUCGCUACAAGAAGGAGCCCUCGGGGUGCCCUGUGUGUGGGAAGGUAUUUUCAUGUAGGAGCAACAUGAACAAACACCUUCUAACACAUGGAGACAAGAAAUACACGUGUGAGAUCUGUGGACGUAAAUUUUUCAGGGUGGAUGUGUUGAGAGAUCAUAUUCAUGUCCAUUUUAAGGACAUAGCCCUGAUGGAUGAUCACCAGAGGGAAGAGUUCAUUGGUAAAAUUGGAAUCUCAUCAGAGGAAAAUGACGACAACUCUGAUGAAAGUGCAGAUUCAGAGCCUCACAAGUAUAGCUGCAAAAGGUGCCAGCUGACCUUUGGCAGAGGGAAGGAGUACCUGAAGCACAUCAUGGACGUGCACAAGGAGAAGGGUUACGGCUGCAGCAUCUGCAACCGGCGCUUCGCCUUGAAGGCCACGUACCACGCGCACAUGGUCAUCCACAGGGAGAACCUGCCCGACCCCAAUGUGCAGAAAUACAUCCAUCCAUGUGAAAUCUGUGGGAGGAUUUUUAACAGUAUAGGAAAUCUGGAAAGACAUAAGCUUAUACAUACAGGUGUAAAAAGUCAUGCUUGUGAGCAAUGUGGCAAAUCAUUUGCUAGAAAAGACAUGUUAAAAGAACAUAUGCGAGUCCAUGAUAAUAUCCGAGAAUACUUGUGUGCAGAGUGUGGCAAAGGAAUGAAGACAAAACAUGCCCUUCGUCACCACAUGAAGCUUCACAAAGGGAUUAAGGAAUACGAGUGCAAGGAAUGUCACCGAAAAUUUGCACAGAAAGUCAACAUGCUGAAGCAUUACAAGAGACACACAGGAAUCAAAGAUUUCAUGUGUGAGCUCUGUGGCAAGACGUUCAGCGAGAGAAACACAAUGGAGACUCACAAGUUGAUUCAUACAGUAGGAAAACAGUGGACGUGUUCAGUGUGUGAUAAGAAGUAUGUCACUGAUUACAUGCUGCAGAAGCACAUCCAGCUCACCCAUGACAAGGUGGAAGCCCAGAGCUGUCAGCUGUGUGGAACAAAAGUUUCUACCAGGGCGUCCAUGAGUCGACACAUGAGGCGUAAACACCCAGAGAUUCUUUCAGUGAGGAUUGAUGAUUUAGAGCCGAUGCCAGAGACGACCACCAUUGAUGCCUCUUCAAUUGGGAUUGUUCAGCCGGAAUUAGCCUUGGAACAGGGUGAACUACCAGAGGGGAAGCAGCACGUAAAAACUCCUAAACGUGGCCAGAAACAAAAACAGAAGUCAGGUGAGGAGGAGGAAGCUCAAGUGCCUGAGGACCCUGCCUUCAGUGAAUACACAGAGAAGGAAGGUGAAUUCACAGGGAAUGUUGGAGAUGAGACUAAUUCAGCUGUACAGAGCAUCCAACAGGUGGUGGUGACCCUCAGCGACCCAAACGUCACAGCCCCCUCCAGCUCCGUGGGGCUCACCAACAUCACCGUCACCCCCAUCACCACGGCAGCCGGCAGCCAGUUCACCAACCUGCAGCCCGUGGCCGUGGGCCACCUGAGCGCCCCGGAGCGCCAGCUGCAGCUGGACAACUCCAUCCUGACCGUCACCUUCGACACGGUCAGCGGCUCGGCCAUGCUGCACAACCGCCAGAGCGACCUUCAGCUGCCGCCGCAGCCCGAGGCGCCCAACCCCCAGUCCGUGGCCCAUUUCAUUAACCUGACCACCCUGGUGAACUCCAUUGCUCCCCUGGGGAACCAGAUGACAGAACAGCACCCCCUGAGCUGGAGGUCAGUGCCUCAGACUGAUGUCCUGCAGCCGCCGGCGCCGGCCGCGCCGCAGCAGCCGGGCCAGCAGCCCGUUCCCACAGAGCAGCAGCAGCAGCAGAUGUACAGCUACUAAUUUAUACCUGGGGAAGUGCUGGCAUGGACAGUGCUCAGAGACACACAAAAAAAAAAUAAACCCCACACAGACCUUUGGAAAAUUUCUAAUAGGAUUGUUUGCUGGAUACCAAACAGAGAUGGGAAAAUGUUUAUACGUUGAAAUUUAAGCUGAAAUUGGCAGAUCACCCUGCAACACCCUGGUCUGAGAUUCUCGUGCAGUCUUUAGACCUUGCACUGUCUUAAAAAAAUAACAGGGAAAAAAAACCAAAAUCUCACCACAAAUUUAGCAGCCCCUUGCAGUUGUGCACUAGGAUUGAGAUUUGACAGGUGCAUCAUCACGCACCUUAACCACAGCAGGGAAAUCCUAAAUUUUGCGGCACUUGUGUGCAUCACUUUGUGAUGUACAAAAAAUCCUUUCAGCCAUACCGUGUCACUUCUUUCCAAGUCUGGAAAUGACAUCUGAAGACCUUGUUCACAGUGGGUGGAAUGUCCUUGUGGUCAGCUGGAAAAGACUGAAAUGUGAAGACACAAAGGGGCAAAACAAGAAUUGUCUUUGUUUCUUAUCUUCUUUAAGUCUUGUAUCUAACAACAUCGGUAAAGUAGGUGGAAUUUGGGGUUUUGGGGUGGGCAUGAGUGUGGUGUGGAAGAAAAUAUUACCAAUUAUUUCCAUUUUAGUCAUGGGAAAAGCCCUGUACCCAUCAGACAGUGUUAGUGCUACUUGAGCCAGAGAGCUGGGCUAAUGCUGAAGCAAACUUCUAUGGUUUUCUAGUCAAGUUUCAAUCAAACCAAUUACAAACUGAAAGAAGAAUGUGAUACAGUUUUAUGUAAUUUUUCAAACCUGCUCUUUCAAUCUUGCUUUUAGCUAAUAGGCCUGAAGAGCAAUUAGUCCCCUUUGAUGAAGUUCAGGAUGUGAAUUUUUUUCAAUUAGACUUAUUACAUCGUGUAAUAAACAUUUGAGAAAGCAUUCUUUUUAUAUAUAUAUACAUAUACAUAUAUAUAUAUAUAGCCUUUGUAUUUUACUGUGUGUUCCUGGUGAAUAUUUGUGUGAAAAACACUGUUACCAACACGAUCCAUGAAUUUUUUCAUGCCCAUGUUGCCCCUUCUCAUGGAAAAAACAUAUGGCUUCUGUUCCUUCUGUUUCCAAAAUUUAUUUCCCAAGUUCACAGCCACACACAAGGUUGUGUGAAGUGCAAGAAAAAGGAAUAUCUGAAGCAUAUUCUGUGUCCUGCCACAUGGAGUCAGUGUGCCCCAGUGUAUAAUGGGUGAGGUUUGCAUGACUGCUGGGGAUGCAAAUUGUGGGUUGGUCAAACACAUCUUUGCUGACAGUGCCCCUUCAUUUCAUUCUCAUUUUCAUCCAUGGAUGUGCAGUCUGGACUUUUGCAUGUCAAAAAGAUAGUAUUAUUCCCACAGGGAAAAUGAGCUGAUGGCAAAAAGGAAUAAACUAAAUAUAUAUAUGUAUAUAUGCAUAUAUAUAUAUAUAUAAAAAAAAAAUUUUGUUGCUUGGAAUCCUGAAGGGGAAACCCAGCUGUGGCUGAAGAACAAGGUCCUUUGGGGCAGCAGACUGAGCCACAGAACUUGCUGAAGGGUUUUUUUUUUCCUGAGGAUGAAGCAGCUGCUGUGUCUGACAGUGAGGAUGGAUUGGUGGUUGUAUAAAUCCUGUCUGUGCCUAUGGUAUUUAUGAAAAAGUUGUAUGUUUUAGCAAAAAUAUGAGUAGGAACGACUUCAGCUUUGAAAGUCUCUAUUAACACGGACUACUUCACCCCUAAAGGUUGCCUUAUAAUCUCUACAACAAAUUCUCCCAAAGUAUAAAUGUCUGGAUAUUAAAAUGAAUCUCCAGUGGUUUUCUUGGUGCUGUGGCUGUGGCCAGAGGCUUGGUAUAGCAGGCUUUGUGUAAAGCUGCAGGACAUGGAUUGGAAAGGGAUUUCUGGGGACAGAUUUUGUGUGUCAGAAGAGCAGAACUGUUUUUAUUUAAAUGUCAUCUGGUCCAUAAAAUACCUGCAUGAGAGGGACCAGUAUUUGAUGGGACAGGGAUGCAUAUCAGAAAGAAAGGAACCUUUCAGCAGUGUGGGAAAGAGAAUUUUUCAUUCCCUACCCACUUUUGUCUUCCUUAGGUACUUCUCACACAAAUACUCUAAGAUCCUGUAAUUUUUUUGGCCUCCUGACAUCCUGAGUACAGUUCCUGGAUUAUUUCACCACUGCCUUGAGCUAGUUCAGUUUCUCCUCAGCUGUCCUGUCCACAAAUGCUUGUGUUUCACACCAAACCACUGGGCAAGAGGAAGCCAGGUUUUAUUUAUGAAAUAUAUUGUUUAUGUACUUGAAACUUUUUUUUUCCCCCCUGUGUUUGGUGCCUAAUUGGUAAAGGCACAUUAUCUUUUGGCAGGGUACUAUGGAAAAAGGGGAAAAAACGGGAAGGAAAGCAAAUGGAGAGCUCCUAGGUUGAGUUGUUGUGGUAAAUACAGAAUUUUUACACAAUCAAAGUGUUUUUGAGACACAUAAAUAGUGAUUAGGCUUGUAAUUGGGGAGGAAGAGAUUUUUUUGCCUUAGCAGAGCAGAUGAACUCUUGAUACUGACAGUGGCAUUUGUGCUGCAUUGAAUCAAUCUGCAUCAUUUUAACACUUAAUUUCCUGUUUGAUAAGAGGAAAUCAACCUUUAGAGAUCUCUCUGGCUUCACAAAAUCUCUACCCUAAUGUGAUACCCUGGUCUUCUGUGGACUCUUAUGGGGUUUGGCAUCCCUUCUGUGCUACCUGGCCUCAAUAACCUCACCCAGGCAAUGGGAUCUUGCCUUUCUGGCAGUGAUUCCAGGUGAUUUUAGAAGGAAUGUUCCCUCAGUAAGUACUUGCAUGCUGGUUUUCAUUUGGAAAUGUCCCUCUUCAAUUUCUCAGCAUCCCCAAAAUCAUAGAACAGCCCAGGCUGGAAGGCACCUCAAAAGAUGAUUGAUCUGGUCCAGCCUUUUUUUGGGGGAAAGGGAGCAUAGGUGAGGUGAUGGAAUCAUAAAAUCACCAUUAACCAGCAUCCUGUCUAAUUGCCUCUUUUAAAUCCAGAGUGACACAACUCUGGGAAGGUUCUUGUAGUGGGUGAUUGUUCUUCCUGUAAAAAUUACCUUAAAUAAUGUUCAGGAGAGGAAAAUACAACCACUGGGAAGGCUUUGGUUAGGCCAGGCAAUAGAAAGCUCUCUAAAAGUUGAUCUUCCCAGAGCACUCCUUUGAGAUGGUGCCUCAUCACCUCCCAGCAUGGUUUAUUAUUACUCCUGUUAUUAACAUCCCUAUGAGAAAACAACUGUAUCUUGGGUGUGCUGCACCAUGGGGAACAAAAAAAAAAUCCAAAACAAAUUACUCUGUUUGCUUUUUGUUUCAAAUUGUUUUGUUUGGAGAUGUUGGAAAUUGCUGCCUUUUCAGACAGAGCUUCCCUUGGACAAGCAGCAACUGCUCUCCCAACUAAGCCUUUUCCAGGUGAAUACCAAAGUUGUACUGAUGCUGUUUUCAAACUGCAUAAGAAAUAAAACCACUCCAUAAGGGAUGUGCAAUCUAAAUUUCCUCUGCCAAUUUGUUCCUUGCCUUUUCAGCUGUAGGAUGUGAAGGCUUUAUUGUUUUCAGCCACCUGUUGGAGGUUUUUGCAUAACAACUGUUCAGUCACAAACUGGAAUUACUUUGAGCCAAAGGAGUGAUGUUGUGUGGUGUUCUGUGUAUUGUCAUUGUUUAUUGCUAAGACUAUUAUUUAAUUGAAUGCUGUCUGUGGCACACUGGGCUCUGAAGUAAAGGAGCAUCGAGGUACA